AUGAUUCAACCUUUGCUUGUGUCAAACGGCCAUGUUUGCAACUGCAAGGUGUUGUCCUCCAUCCUUUCCACCCUGUCUCUUCCUCGCAUCUCCAUCCUGGCCCCUGACCCCUCUGCCCCCUCUCCUCCCCCCUCUCCUCCCCCCUCUCAGCAUUUUGACGCUCUGUGUAGCAGCUGCCCCUCCUCUGGUUCUUCCCCGCAGGCUAACAGUCUCUGGCCGAGUCUUCCCCAGUCUGGAGCCGGGUUCCCUGGGUAUACAGGACAGCCCCCCCAGCCUGCGCCCUGCUGGACUGGCCAGCCCAACACUCCCUGCUGGAAUGGGACACAACAAGCUCCGGUCUCUGUCCCUGCACAAAAUGUGUUUCCUGGUCAAGUCAUGACACCAGCCCCUGCAGCUACAACAUCCAUCAUCCCAGCUCCAGGGCAAGGGCAGCCCUGCAACCCUUGCCAGUACCAGACACCCCAAUACCAGCUUCCCCAGAACCAGCCUCCCCAAUACCAGCCUCCCCAGUACCAGCCUGUCCAGUACCAGCCUCCCCAGAACCAGCCACCCCAAUACCAGCCAACCCAGUAUCAGCCAACCCAGUAUCAGCCUCCUCAGCCACCAGCUCCAAUUCAAGCUCAAGUACCUGCUCAAGUUCCAGUUCCUGUUCCAGUUCCUGUUCCAGCUUCGGUCCCGGUCCCAGUCCUAGCACCAGCACCUGCUCCCAGCCUCCGCCCAAUUAUUCCGAGAUGGCCUGCCCACCCUGGCUGGCCCUAUAACCCGGGACAGUCAGGAUGGCCUGGACAGACUCCAUCCAACAUGCCUCCACAAUGGCUUCCACCCACUUCUGGACCUCUGAGCGUGCCAUUCAACUUGAACCUGGCCAGAGGAGUCUAUGACAAGAUGAUGAUGACCAUCUUGGGCCAUGUAAAACCUGAUGCUAAAAUGUUCACAGUGAACUUUCUGAAGGGCAACGACAUUGCCUUCCACAUCAACCCCCGCUUCAGUGAGGGGGGCAAACAGGUGUUGGUCCGUAACCACAAACUGGGUGAGCGCUGGGGCCCCGAGGAGAGGGAGCUGAAGGGGCCCUUUCCCUUCGCUUUGGGGAGCCCAUUCGAGAUGAAGAUCCUGUGCACCCCCGAGGUGUUCAGGGUGGCGGUGAACAACAUCCCUCUGUUUGAGUUUCGACACAGAGUCCUCGAACUCAACCAGAUCAACAGGAUCAACAUCCUGCACGAUGUGGUCCUCACCUAUGUCAACGUGGAGACGCUUCCAUAG